AAAAGCGAGAUCAUCAGAAUUUGCUGGAUAAUGCAUCACACGGUUCGGUAAUAUUUUGUAGAAACCGGUUUCGCUGGAUCACUAUGCAGUGAUAUUACGUAUUAUUUGAAUUGGUAUUGGUUCAUUACUUGCUCUAACUGGGUUAUCUGGUUUGUUUUCCGGUAUUCCGGAUAUGGAGGAUGGAUGGUGAUAAUGCCAAUCAUUACGUUUACAAUUAGGACAUUGAUGCAGUCGAAUGGAAAAAUACGAACAUUUGAUUGGUGGGUUCACCGGUGGUAUAAUAAGUACCAUUGCAUGCCAUCCAUUGGAUCUCCUCAGGAUACGAUAUUCCGCUAAUGAUGGUAACCGUCAACGUCCGCAGUACCGCAAUUAUUGGCAUGCUGUACGAAGUAUUGUACAGUCCAAAGGAUAUAAAGGUUUGUAUCAAGGACUCUCGCCAAAUCUAGUUGGAUCCGCUGUAUCAUGGGGACUUUAUUUUCAAUUUUAUCACAUUAUCAAAAAUUUCUGUGAUAAGGAAACCAUUUCAACGGGAGCAGAACCAGUGGAUAAUAUCCUGAUGGGAAUGAUUACUGGAGCUGGUAUUUUAAUGUUCACUAAUCCUAUUUGGGUGGCGAAAACUCGAUUGUGCUUGCAGUAUGAAAAUGAAAGAAUCAGGUACCGCGGACUCUUGAACUGUCUCUCUGCAGUUGCUCGCAACGAAGGGAUUACUGCAUUGUACAGGGGUUUUACGCCAGGAGUUAUUGGAACCAUACAUGGUGCAAUUCAAUUUAUGCUUUACAAUCGUUUCAAGGAUGAUCAAUUGAAGCGUUUAGGACUUCCCGCUAAUCAUAUUUUGGGUACUGUUGAUUGCUUGGUUUAUUCAGCUGUAUCCAAGAUAAUUUCUACAACAAUAACAUUUCCGUACCAAGUGUUGCGGACUCGAUUACAGGACCAUCAUGCGAAAUAUACUGGGAUCUACGACUUGAUAAGCAAAACAUAUAGGAUGGAAGGUGUGCGUGGCUUUUAUAAAGGUUUGUUUAUGGGCAACUUACGUCAGCUGCCGAACGUUAUUGUCACAUAUGUAACCUAUGAGAAUGUAAGGUAUCUUGUUCGCCAUCUUUCUCAGUGAAGCCCUUAUUGUACGGUUAUCGCUUUGAUCUAACUACCUCAUAACGUUUCAUUCAUUUGCAUUUCAUUAUUUAUAUGUACGAUAUGUAGUAGUUCUUCUUAAGUAUUACUUGUUAUGUGUUGUUUUGAUAGACAAUGAUAGAAGGAGAAGGCAAAAUGCAGCAAGAUUUCCAUGAUGGAUUGAAUGCCUACCUGAAACCUACUCCAAAUGAAGCUAGCUUGGGAUUAACCAUUUUGAUCAACCACAACAUUAU